AUGACAGUGACCUUCUCUUACGCCAACUUCCCGAACCUGUGGGACAUGAUCCUGGCAGCUGCAGAACAUGAGACGCAACUCGCUCUCCGCCUCGUCUGCAAGUCGUUGCGCUUCAAAGUCGACUGUCUCCAAGCUCGUCACCUCGUCAUCUCCAGCGAGGGCGCGAAGCAACUUCUGAUCACCGGUCCCAACCACCACAUCGCCCACUUCCGCGACAUCUACCACCUUGACAAGGAACCCAGAUUCUGGUCUUUUCACGCUACCCGCGCCCGAACUAGGCAUACACGCAUCCUCGACAUACAGGGUUAUUGUCCCCCUGGCAACGACCCCGACCUGUUCACAUACAUGCAGUUUCCUCAUCUCAACGUACUCCGCAUGACGCCCAGCGUGGACGACGAUCCGGACAACUUCACACCCUACAUCCCGGGUCAUUUCGAGGCCCAAACGCUUGUGCUGUUCUCGAACUCUGAGGGUUGUGCGGCCAUGGAUGACCACUGGUGGUUCGACCUCUACGCCCCCUCGGAUGACGAUGAGGAGCUACCUCUCGUGCCUCCCGUCAACCGUUCGCGCAUACCCCAGUCUGUGACCAAAAUGGUCCUGAACCUCCGCGGGCAGAAUAUGGAGCUCCAUGACAUGUAUCCUUUCGUGACAAGACUGCCGGCUCACGUCAAAGACGUUGUGAUCAGUGCUCCCGCCUAUCGCAGUCUUUUGAACACGGCCGGAGUGAGGAACGAGGUGUCGCCCCAUCUCACCAAACUGCGUCUCGUUGAUGUCGUCCUCCUCCCUAUCAAAACCAAGUUCACCCUUGUCGAUUUCAACUGGCUCGGUCCCUCUUUCGAGAAAGAGUUCCUGGACGAGCUGCGCUACCGGUAUCGCAGCUUCUUCUUCAAAGACGUCGACUACACUGUUGACGACGACAUGACGAGGGUGAUGCAGCGGAAGACACGUGACGAGUGUAUCAAGCGGAGCACGACCGUUGAGGUCACGCGCAAGCCUUUGAUCAGCCUGCAGGAGCAGAUUGACAAGCUCCUGUCGCGGAUCGAGUUCUUGUCCAAGGAGGCAUACAUUGAGCGCGUUGGCGCCGAGACAGCAGCCCUUGAUUUGCUGGAGCACCUGGACUUAGAGAACUCAGACUGCGUUGAAGGAGAGUACGACUGGAGGAGCAAGAGAGCGUGCUACGGUACGCAGAGCCAGCCGGACUAUUGGCGCCAGAUGAGGACCCCGCCAGCGUAG